AUUGCAGCUGGUGGCGCGGGUUGAUAAUGAUACACUACUAAUAAUACGGAUUUACCUGAUGUGUAUGAGAAGUGCGUUUUUGAAAACAUUAAACGAAAAACGUAAUACUUAACUACUAGACAGCGAAGGAUAAACGAAGACGCUAAGAGGCACCAAUAACUGCAAUUGUAACUACUGCUUGUUGUGACGCACGUCCUCAACGAUACCAACAAUUUGGUAGUCGAAAGUCUUAUAUCAGUUUUUCGCGGUGUGAGUGUGUGUGUAUGUGUGUUAUCGUUGGUCUUAAGCGUCACUGUAAAAAUGAUUCACUGUGCCAUUGUUUAUGGUAACCAUUCUUCCAUUGGUUAUAUUUACUUAUUAUUGGACUAGUAGGUUCAAAUUACAAUAUUAAAUUGUAAUUGUACGAUAUCUUUCUACACAACUAGGGUGAUGUAAACAACUGUCUUUAAUUGUUUGUGGAAUUAAAGUAUUCUUACAUAUCUCAGUGAGAUCAAAAAAUGGAUCCAAUGGCUCUAGUGACUCAAUAUAACCUACUGCAAAAUGGCCCUCCAGAAGAAUCAAAACUUGCUACUUAUAUGAAACGACAACAGAAUGUUUCUCCUCAAUCAACAUUGUUCCAAUCAUUAUCGAAUCAAUCAUUAUCAAAAAACUAUUCAAAUUUGGAUAUAAAUCAGUCAAAUGCAUCAAUGAAAAAGGCAGUUGACAAAUUUCAGGCAUCUAUACCAGUUGUUGAUUUCGUACCUAGAAAUCUAGUUAAUUCAUUAAAUAUUCCUGAUGGUUCCUCAAUGUACGCUAAAGACAAAUCUCAACCUAUACAAGCAUAUCAGAAAAAUGUCAAUGGUACAACAUAUUUCUAUCCUCCAGAUUCUAAUGGAACUAAUCAACCCAAUAGUAAUAUUUUUGAUGAUCCAUCUGGAUAUUUAUCAAUGUCAUCUGUUGAAUCUCCUACUUCUUCAUUAUAUGCUCAAGAUGAUAUGAGAAGAGAUUUGUUGCACAGAAAUGCAUUAUCUAUAGCUUCACCUGAUUCAGACCAAUGGCCAGAUUUACCAGAAAAUGUGGAAGAUUAUCAUGAUGUGUAUCCUUUAGAUAUACAUGGCCACUCCUCCAAAAUAUUAACUUAUAGUACAUCUACUUAUCGAGCAACAAAUUCCAAGACUGGAGAAAAAUGCUGUUUAAAACGAAUUCAUAGUUUUCAUCAAACAAUUACAAAAUAUACUCCAUUAAUUGAAGCAUGGAAAAAAAUCAACCAUGCAAAUAUUGUUCAGUUAAAAGAUGUAUUUAUAACCAAAGCUUUUAAUGAUAGUUCAUUGAUAUUUGUUUUUAAUUAUCAUCCGGAUUCUGAGUCUUUACAAACACGUCAUUUUAAUUCCAACGAAAUACUUAAUGGAUAUAAUGAUCCAUUUAGUUCUGAUCCAAAUGCACCUCGACCUUAUAGUCACACAAAAAAUGCAAUUUUACGCCAUCAACAUAGUAAUGGGCUGUUAUCUGAAAAUACAUUGUGGAAUUACGCUAUUCAACUUAGUGGAGCACUUCGAGCAAUACACGGAUCUGGCUUAGCCCUACGAGGUCUUUGUUUAAAUAGGGUUUUAGUGACAGGAAAUUUAAAUACUAGAGCAAGACUGCGAAUCAACUGUGUAGCUGUAAUGGAUAUUUUGUUGAAUGAUAUGGCUAGUUCAAAUAUUAUUGGUCAUUUUCAACAAGAAGAUUUAACGGAUUUUGGUAAGCUUUUAUUAGCAUUAGCUUGUCGAUCUCUUAUUGCUGUACACCAAGAUAAUCUUACUACUUCUAUUGAUUUAAUGGCUCGUUCUUACAGUAAUGAUAUUCGUAAUUUGAUAAGGUAUUUAUUAAGUAAUCAAAGACGGCAUAUUACAGAGUUAAUGCCAAUGAUAGGAGCUAGAUUUUAUACACAAUUGGAUGCGGCACAAAAUCACUCGGAUAGUUUAGAAAACGAGUUGUCUAAAGAAAUGGAAAAUGGACGUCUAUUUCGGUUACUGGUGAAACUUGGAUCUAUUAAUGAGCGACCUGAAUUCAAUUUAGAUCCUGCUUGGUCAGAAACUGGUGACCGAUAUAUGUUAAAAUUAUUCAGGGACUAUCUAUUUCAUCAAGUGACUGAAGAAGGACGUCCAUGGUUGGAUAUGUCACAUAUUGUUCAGACUUUAAACAAACUUGAUUCUGGAUCUGCAGACACUAUUUGUUUGUAUUCACGUGAUGAAAAGACAAUUUUAGUAGUAAGCUAUCAAGAAUUAAAACAAUGUUUAGAACAAUCAUUUUCUGAGAUUGCUUCAGUUGCUGCAUCUGAUGAUCUUGUUAAGGCUGAAUAAUCAUAUUAAAUGACUAUGGUUGGGGCUUAAAAAUAAUUGCUUUAGUCCAAGUACUUAAAUUUAAAAUAACUA